GCAGCACAAGGCCAUGUGUCCACUAAGCGGGAAGGCAAGGAAACCAUCUGUUACAAAAAAUCCCAAAAUCGUUGGGCUACCUUUAAUACCAAUUCAGCGCAACCAAAGUUUCCCAAGAACUAAAGCCAGCUUACUUGAGAAUUCGAAACUGGAAACAGAACGGGACUUAGCUGAAGAAAAGACCAGUUUAAAGGAACGAGUAUCGCGAGUUGUUCAACAUAAAGAACGAAAGGAGGAAAAAUUCUGGAAUCAAGGAAGAAAGCAUCGCAGCCUGAUCUGUCUGGAGGACAUGGCUGAAGGUGUGGUGAACUUGGACCACAGAUCCUGCAAGGAAUCAAAAUCCCCCAAAAGAAAUGAGAGCAAAGCUAGAGAAACACAGUUGGAACCUGAGAAGCAGCUGCCAGCAAAUGUUCUUCAUGAGCUCCACAUGGUCUUACUGAGGACCAGAGCUCUCCAUGAUGAGACUUAGAAGCCCUUCAGAUAUGGGCAUCAAAGAAAUGGAUUAUUUUAAUGUACAGUGUACAGACUUUCGGUGUAUUUAAGUGUAAAUGUUGAAGAGAUCUAUCUAGUGCUCUCUAUUCAAUUUGGGAACCUUAAUAAUUUUGUACUGAUACCUGCCGCUAUCAAUAUCUCCAUUUAUUUCCCAAAACAAUGUUGGUCUGUGGAGAUUCUUAGUCCUCCAGAUCGUGGUUGUUCCACAGGUGCUUUUUCAGAAAGCAACUGGACUUUGUUCUUCCUUGAAGACAUUUCGCUUCUCAUCCCAGAAGCUUCUUCAGUUCUUUC